AUGGCGACAUCGAAAGGUGCAAAUACCUACAAUAGACAGAACUGGGAAGAUUCAGAAUUCCCAGUUCUUUGUCAGACAUGUUUAGGAGACAAUCCAUAUAUUCGUAUGAUGAAAGAGAAAUAUGGAAAGGAAUGCAAAAUCUGUGCUAGACCAUUUACAGUAUUCCGUUGGUGUCCUGGUGCCCGAAUGAGAUUCAAGAAGACUGAAGUGUGCCAAACGUGUUCGAAGUUAAAAAAUAUUUGCCAAACUUGCUUACUAGAUUUGGAAUAUGGUCUACCUGUACAAGUCAGAGAUGCUGCCUUAAAAUUACAGGAUAACAUUCCCAAAUCUGAUGUGAACAAGGAAUAUUAUACUCAGAACAUUGAAAGAGAAAUCGGAAAUAGUGAAGAUGGUACUACUCCUGCUGGUGCAUUAGGCAAGGCAACUGCCCCAAGUGAUAUGCUUCUCAAAUUAGCCAGGACAUCUCCUUAUUACAAACGUAACAGACCACAUAUAUGUUCGUUUUGGGUUAAAGGAGAAUGUAAACGUGGAGAAGAAUGCCCCUAUAGGCACGAGAAGCCAACUGAUCCGGAUGAUCCUCUUGCAGACCAAAACAUCAAAGACAGAUAUUAUGGCCUUAAUGAUCCAGUAGCUGAUAAACUUAUCAAACGUUAUGCAACUAUGCCCAAAUUGGAGCCUCCAGAAGACAAAUCAAUCACUACAUUGUAUGUUGGCAGUCUGGGAGAACGAAUUGGAGAAAAAGAAUUGAGGGACCACUUUUAUCAAUUUGGUGAGAUCCGUUCAAUUAAUGUGGUCAGCAAACAGCAGUGUGCCUUUGUGCAAUUCACAAGUCGUUCUGCUGCUGAACUGGCUGCUGAGCGUUCUUUCAACAAAUUAAUCAUCUUGGGGAGACGACUCAAUAUUAAAUGGGGACGAUCCCAAGCCCAACAGACUUUGCUCAAGAAAGAAGCCGGUGAGGUAGAGAAGCAACUGGAACCUGUUCCCGGACUGCCAGCAGCUUUACCUCUUCCACCAGAAGAAUUGACCAACAACUAUUUCAACUUAGGCCAGCCUCCACCACUGGUACCUCCACCACCACCACAAGGUGUCCCACCUCGUGUUCCUCCACCUGUGGCACCACCAUUUGGCAGCAUACCCAGAGCUCCUCCACCCCCAGGAGUUCGCUUGCCUCCUCCACCACCUGGUAUUUUGCCUGUGAGGCCACCCCCGUUAAUACCUCCAAGAACAGCCCAGUUGAACUCUGUGCACUAUCCUUCACAAGAUCCAACCAGAAUGGGAGCUGUAACUUUAACCAACCAAAAGAACUAA